UCCUAUACAUACACCACACGCCUCCUCUCAUUCAAAUACAUCUCUCUCUUUCUUGCUCUCUCUAAUCUGUUAAAAAAAGUUGCAGUGAAGAUGCGGAUGAGCUGUAAUGGCUGUAGAGUUCUUAGGAAAGGUUGUAGCCAGAAUUGCAGCAUCAGACCUUGCCUUCAAUGGAUCAAGUCCCCGGAAUCUCAGGCGAACGCCACCCUUUUUCUAGCUAAGUUCUACGGCCGCGCCGGCCUCCUCAACCUCCUUAACGCCGCCCCCGACCGCCUCCGCCCUGAGGUGUUUAAGUCGUUGUUGUACGAGGCGAGUGGGAGGAUUGUGAACCCGUUGUUUGGAUCGACCGGGUUGUUGUCGACCGGGAACUGGGAGCUCUGUCAGAACGCGGUGGACGCGGUUCUGAAAGGCGCGCCCAUUACGCCGGUGGCGUCUGACGCCUCCGCCGCCGCCGUCCUUCCGCUGAAAGCUUGUGACAUUGGACACGUGCACUACAAGGAAGGAAAUCGCGGAAAGUCCGGCGAUCUUCACCGGGUCAGGAACCGGGGCCGGUUCAAGAGGGCCGGUGCCAAGAUCAAGGAAAAUAGUGUCUUAACCGGGUCGAGUGACGAGGAGGUGAACCGAUCAACGAGUCACGAGUCCUCGUUGUGCCAUCAGUCGCCGGCGGCCAAUGAAGAACCGGAAAGUCGCGAGAUCCAGAGACUGAACUCCGUCGAGAUAUCUCAGCCGGCGCCGGAUGUACGGCAUGUCGACUUCGACGACGAAAUUGAACUUGAGCUGACACUUGGGUUCGCGCCGAAAGUGAAGUGACUAGCGGCUAUGACGAAGAGCCGAAGGGUGCAUCGGUGAUCGUGGCCUUUGAUUCCCACGGUGCCAUCAGUUUUGACGGCUCAGAUUUACAGUUUCUCUUGAUUUUUACUUUUAAUGACUCUGUACCAAAUAUGUAUACGUAUACCCUGUAUACACGUAGGCAUAGUAAUUAGCGAUAGAGUUAUAGAGACACGGGAAGGAUCUUCUUAUGAAUAUACAGAUAUAUAUGUGUUUUUUUAGUUCCA